AUAUAUAGAAGAUAAUCUUAGGAAAAAAAUAAAAAGGAUCACAAUUAUCCAUUAUUAGAUUAAGGUAUUUCCAAAACCCACAUGGCACCAAGGGAUGGCUGAUAUCGUAACCAUAACGUAAUCCAAUUCCAUUACGGAUUCUUAAACCGACACAACUUUGAUAUAUAUGGAUUACCUCUAGUCUUGUUCUGUCUACGAUCUUAUAUUCUGAAACAAGAAUACCCUAGCAAGAGCUUUUUUUUUUUGUUUCACAAGAUAGGAUCAAAGAUGCAAGCAAGGAAACCCUUAUUCGCAAUCUAUGCGAUCUCUGUUCUCGCGUUGUAUCUUCUCUUCAUUGAAUCUCCAAAGUCUGUUGUUCCUGACAACAACUCACCCUUCAAACGAAACUUACCUCUCUCCAGAACCGAUGACCCCGUGGCCAUGAGUACUCGUAUCGUCAAAGUUGUAGACUCAGACCAUACCGAAAAGAAAGACUUCGAUCCGCUGGUAAAUCCAAGCGAAGCUGCCAAGUUUGUGAAUAUUGACUGGUUCACAAGAAACGUGCCUCUCUCCAGAACCACUAACCCCAUGACCAUGCGUAGUACUAGUAUCGUCAAAGUUUUUGACUCAGACCCUAACGACAAAGAGGAGUUAGAUCCGUUGGUAACUCCUCGUAAAGAUGGCAAGGUUGAGAGAAUUAUUGACUGGUUCCGAAGAAACGUGCUUCCCUCCAGAACCAAUGAUCAUGACCCCGUGACCAUGAGUAGUAGUAGUAUCGUCAAAGUUUUUGACUCAGACCCUAACGACAAAGAGGAGUUAGAUCCGUUGGUACCUCUUCCUAAAGCUGGCAAGAUUGAGAGCAUUGACUGGUUCAGAAGAAACAUGCCUCUCUCCAGAACCAAUGAUCAUGACCCCGUGACCAUGAGUAGUAGUAGUAUCGUCAAAGCUGUGGAUUGCUCCGACUGUAACGAAACAGAGGAGUUCGAUCCGUUGGUACCUCUCCCUAAAGCUGGCAAGAUUGAGAGCAUUGACUGGUUCACAAGAAACAUGCCUCUCUCCAGAACCAAUGAUCAUGACCCCGAGACCAUGAGUAGUACUAGUAUCGUCAAAGCUAUGGAUUCCUCCGACUGUAACGAAACAGACGAGUUAGAUCCUUUGGUACCUCUUCCUAAACCUGGCAAGAUUGAGAGCAUUGACUUGUUCAGUAGAAACAUGCCUCUCUCCAGAACCAAUAACGCCGUGAACAUGACCAAGAGUACUACUAGUAGUAUUGUCAAAGUUGUGGACUGCUCGGACCGUAACGAAACAGAAGAGUUAGAUCCUUUGGUACCUCCUCGUAAAGCUAGCAAGAUUGAGAGAAUUGACUGGUUUAGAAGAAAGCUACCUGAUAUGGAGAUACUGAAAUCGACUAGCAAGAGCAAGCGAUUCCAUUCUAGACUCUUUGAGCUGUACAACAACAACAACUGCUCUGCUCAGUUCUUUAUGGUUUGGCUUUCUCCUGCAAAAUCCUUUGGACCUAGGGAGAUGUUAGCUGUUGACACUCUCUUCACCACCAAUCCUGGUGCCUGCUUGGCGAUUUUGUCCAACUCCUUAGACUCCUGCAGAGGAGACACCAUCCUUAAACCAUUGAUUGAUCGAGGUUUCAACCUCAUUGCUGUAACCUUUGAUAUCCCGUUCCUCGUUAAGAACACUCCUGCUGAAGCUUGGCUGAAAAGACUAAAGAGUGGCCGCAUGGAUCCUGAUUCUGUCCCCUUGUUCAUGAAUCUCUCUGACCUGACAAGACUCGCGGUGCUCUACAAAUAUGGAGGAGUCUAUCUUGACACAGACAUCAUCUUCCUUGACGAUAUAUCAAGACUAAGAAACGCCAUUGGAGCACAGAGUAUAGAUCCCAAAACCAAGACAUGGUCAAGACUAAACAAUGCAGUGAUGGUCUUUGACAUCUACCAUCCGGUUAUGAGAGAAUUCCUACACGAGUACUCCACAUCUUUCGACGGAAACAUAUGGGGACACAACAGCCCUUACCUUGUCUCUAGAGUUAUCACGAGAGUAGGAAACAAACCUGGAUACAACGUCACAAUCUUGCCCCCGGAUGCAUUCUAUCCAGUAAACUGGAUCAAAAUCCCAAAGGUUUUCAAGAAACCUGCAACCACAAGAGAAGCAGAAUGGGUAGAGAAGACGGUAAAGGACAUGAGCAAAGGGAGUUACAUGAUUCAUCUAUGGAACAAAGUCACAAGGAAGAUAAAGAUUGAAGAAGGAAGCGUCAUGUACAAUCUAAUCUCUACUCACUGCACAGUCUGCAGAAACAUCACAAAUUCUCAUACUGUCUAAACAGAUACAAGGCUUCUAGUUUUUCAAGGAAGCGUCAUGUGUAUAGUCUCAUCUCCACUCAAUGCACAGUUCUACAGAAACAUCACAAAUUCUCCUACUUUCUAAGCAGAUACAAGGCUUCUAGUUUUUUCAAGGAAGCGUCAUGUACAGUCUCUCAUCUACACUCAUUGCACAGUCUACAGGAACAUCACAAACUCUUGAUACUUUCAAAACAGAUACAACAACGCUUCUUGUUUUUCUUUUGCUUUUUAGGUGUUCAUAUUUGCUUUUCUUUCCCUUUGUAAAAGACUCAAAUCAGAAGAAAAAAAACUGAUUCAGAGAAAAAAGCAAGCUUUCAUAGAAAGAGAGAUGUUUUAACAACAAAAGAGAGUCGCAGCAUCAGAACUAAAAACUCAAAUUAAAAUUACAGUGAGAGAGAAAAACAAGUGAAGAGAAUCUCAAAUUUCUUCUAA